UGCCCGGCUCGUCAGGAACUCUUCCACAUUCCUCCAGGUGCCUCGGUCGUCUGAAGUUCCUGUCUUGCUGGGGACAAUUGAAGAGACCGAGGAAGUUUAGGCGCAGAGGGAGACACGAGGCGCGCCGGUUCACAGAAGCAUUUGCAUUCGGUGCAUUUGUGAGAGGUUAUCUGUAGGGAAUAAGAGAAACUAACUGAGUCAAGCAGAAGAAAUGGCAGAGAAGAGAAAAGUCUCUCAGAUCUGCUGGCUGCUCCUGGCGGUGCUUCAAUUCACUGCACCUUCUUCAGCACAAGACGCCACGACCUCCUCGGCAAACUCUACCGACACCUCAGCUCCAAAGAACGUCUCUGGCUAUCGGACUCUUCCGACUGAUGUCAGAGUGGCCGUGGGCGAGCCUGCAGAGUUCAGGUGUGGAGUGCCUGAAGCCUCCAAAAGCCUCACAUUCACCUUUUACAGCAGCCAUGGAAACUACACCCUCUCCUGCCCCAACGGCAAGGUGGAGGACAUUCCCCAGGCUCCGUAUGGGCGUUGUGAGGUGAAGGGUGGUGAACUGGUGGCGAUUUGGACCCUCAAAGGAACCUCCUACUCUGACAACGACACGCUGGUCGUUUGUCACCAGUCAAACGAUCCAGAAGACUGCUCUGCUGUCCUGCAUGUCUAUGAUAAAGGUGCCAGCUAUGCUACCCUCGUUGGAUGUGUGAUCGGAGGAUUCUUUGGGGUCCUUUUGAUUUUCGGCCUCAUUUUUCUCCUGAUGCCAAAAUCCAUGACGAUUCAGAACUGCCUUGAUGAAGAGGACAUCAUCGAUGACCUGGACUCAAUCGUAAAAGAGUGAACCAAGAGAAAGAAUCGAAACAAAACUCCAUUCAUCUGCCAGUUUUACUUCUAAUUCCAGUUGAACCAUGUUAUACAGAUGAUGUUGGCUUGUCUCUACCUGCUGCACAUCUUCCUUCUACAUUCAGUCAUUGGAUGACGGCCAUCAUAAUAAUAAAAAUAAUAGAUAAUAC